UGUUAGUAACUUGUGGGGCCCUGGACCCCACUGUUAGUAACUUGUGGGGCGGCUCAGGGGGGCCCAAGGGCCCCCCUGAGCCCUUGGGCCCCUGGGCAUGUGCCCGGUGUGCCCGUGCAGUAAUCCACCCAUGACACACACACACACACACACACACACGGUAGCUUACUUUGAGUGGAUUCAGCGCUGUCCUCCCUCCCUCCCUGUCCUCAGCGGGAGGCGGCGUUUCUCCGAGCUGAACCUCCUCAUCAACAUAUCCUUCCAAUCAGAUGUAAACUUGUGAGUCAGGUCCUUUUGAAAAGCAAGCUGAAUCAACUGGGCCUUGCGUCUGUGCAGCAUACCGUGCCGAUGCUCUGAGAAGCCGUUUUUCAACGUGGAAAAUGACUUUUCACACAUUGCUGUGGAAACUCCUAAAGUUAGGGCAAGGUGUAGGCUGUGAGAACAGUCGGCAUAGCCUGGAGUGCACAGUUGAAUGUGCUAAGGCUGUUUGCUAUUGUCUAUGUUCCGUCUUCUGGGGGAAUCGGGUGUCCUUCAUUUCCUUAACCAGGAACUCACGAGCCACAGUAUAUUCAGAUUCAGCCACAUCAGUUCCAGCUAAUAGCAGGAGAGGGUUUACCUUUGAUGGGUCCAGGAAAUUAUCUGACUGAUUAUUAGACUGUUGGUGGGCUUUUCAACCACUUACGAAUAUCCAUGAUGAUGAACUAGAAAUUAAAGUAAGCAGGGGCGAUUUUAGGUUCUGACUUUUGUGGAAGCCACAGGUGUAUAUGAAGUAUAUAAAGUCCUGUCCAAGAUUUUUUUAUUCCACAACCUUUAUUUUAUUAGUUACUAUGCUGUUGUACGUCCAAGCCAAAAGCUGGCAGUGUCAGCUAAAUAAUGCAGUUCUGAAUCACUAAAGUGAUGACAGGAAAAAAGACCAUUUGGAUGAUGGAAUAAUCAAUGGAUGUGAACUGUAAUAACAAAUUUGAGGUAUAUUAAAUUUCCUUUGUGUAAGUUUCACUCAAAAAUGACCAUAUUUCCCCCUUUUUUUUUUUGUUUACACAGUUACUGAAAUACAUUGGUACAACAUGUACAAGAUUAAUAAUAUGAGAAACAUACUACUAUUUCGGGAGCAAUAAACUACGUUGUCUCACUUUCAGGGACCCAUACAUUUUUACAAAACUUCUGAUGCAAAAAAAAGGGGUGCUAAUUUUCAGUUAAAACAAAACCGCUGGCAUUAUUUUAUCAGCUGUGGGUGUUUUCAUUGCCAUAACAACGUGAGCUAAUCAAAAAGUACAACAUGUUCUAGAUCAGUGGCUCUCAAUUAUUUUCUGUCAUUCCCACCCUAGGAGACAGAUAUUUUUUCGCGCCCUCCCUGUAUUGAAAUAGCCUACUAUUGAGAACCUGCUAAUAUUAAUUUAUUUAGAUUAAUAAAAUUAGCGGAGAUAACAUCUGCAACAACUUAAAACAAUUUCCAAGUUCAGUUUAUUAACUCAAUUUGUAACAUUUAAACAAGACUGCUAAGUCUGUGUGAAUCUCAAAACAGAGAAACAAGAGCAUAUGAUUCACUGGGGUUUGCAUUUAAUUAAAAAUAUUUUUAAACAGUAAACAUUGGUCACUUGUCAGCUUCACCAGCUUAUUCCCUUUCAAAAAAAAACAAAAAAAACAAUUUCAUGCAUCUUUCAAGCAUGAAUAAAGACACCAAGUCCCUCUGUCAUGACUUUGUACGAUCAAAAUUCUUGUAAGACUUCUGACCCUUGGUAUUAUGUUUAUUUAAAAUAGAAUAGAAGUAACUUAUUAAAAUAAAUAAAUAAAUAAGACACAGUCCCGUCUGCUGCUCGCGCACCCCCCCCCCCCCGACACUUUUUAUAAGCUGAGGGCGUUUCCAUGAGUCAUAGUAUUAGAACAUGUUGUACUUGUUGAUUAGCUCACGUUGUUAUGGCAAUGAACAUGCCCUCAGCUGAUAAAAUAAUGCCAGCGUUUUUUUGCAACUGAAAAUUAGCACCCAUGUCAACUUUUUCUGCUCCUUGCACCUUAUCAUGCUUAUCAUGCUACGCAGCAUUACAAUCCCCUGCCGACUGAAACAUGAAGCAAUUCAAGAGGAGGCAUAGAUAGAAUCGCCUUGUGGUCAACUGUCAUUUAAUAGUCAUCUGACAGAUUAUGUCAAGGUUUUAAAAUUAUUAUUAUGUUAUUAUUAUUAGCUGGUCAUGUUAUAACACAGCUGGAAAUCGUGGAUUUUCUGAUAAAGACUAGCAAGCCUUUUUGACAGACAAAACAGCAGAAACUAUGUUAAGUGUGCUCGUGCUGCCUUUUUGGUUUUGUCAAACAGGAGACGCCCACCCACCAAUCAGAGGUUAGAGAUUCCUGCAGGAAGGUUGCGCUCGAAUUCACUAGCCCAUUUGUGCCUGUUCAUUAGUGUACAGCAUCUAUUCUCUCAUUGCUUGUGUAAAAAAGGGUCUAGCUUCGCCACUGAAAGUAAGCUAGCGAAAACUCAUCCAGCUACACUUUUCAAAAAUGCGCGGUAACUGUUAGCGGCUACAUUGACGUAGGACUACGUAGCCAGCAGAUUUAAUAGUCCGCCAAAGACGUUGACGUCGCUUUGCAACCGAAGACGCUGGGUUUGACAAGUUAUCGGACUACUUGCGGAGUGUAACCAAAGACGCCAUUAGAGGCAAAAAAGUCUUUGUUUACCUUGACAGCGGUCAAUUAUACUUGAUAAUUCACCGCCGGAAGUUGUGAAGGGCCCAAACAAGUGAACGGAGCUUUAAUAAUGUAAAUAAUAAUAUAAAAUAAAAAUCUUUUUUUUAAUUUUUUUAUCUGUGCCUCAAGUGGGGGGGCACUAUGCAUUGUGGGGGGCGGGCCAGGCCCCCUAAGGCCCGCCCAUAGUGACGGGCCUGCGUAUCUGUCUUCUGGUUUCCCUGCAGACGCACUUGAAGCCCUGAGACAUUCUGUGUGAGUGAUAAAGUUAUCAGUGGUUUGUAGUAAACACUGGGCAGCGUCUCCACGUCUUUCCCCUCGUUGAGACUGAGAGCAGCAAUGAACAGCAAUGACCGGCAAUAAGCAGGUUCUAUAAAAGCAGGGAUUAACCGAAUGCUGAAUGACAAAAGAAACAAUCAGUUGUUGUUGUGUUUGUAUCCAGGUCUCCAGUCAACUAUCAAUCAGAGGAGAGAGGAGCGGGUCCUACCUCUAAAACCACUAUGCCUCGGAAACAUGGCCACAAGAGAAAAGCUAUGAGAAAAAAAAGAAGCAGAAGAGUCCAGCAGCAGACAUCAGACCCUGGACCCAGCUGUGUCACUGUGACGAGUGACAGCUCUAUGAUACAACCUGCUGGAUAUGAAGAUGUAAAUCAGUCUACUAAGCCAAGAAGAGUCCAGCAGCAGACAUCAGACCCUGGACCCAGCUGUGUCUCCAUGAAGAGUGACCACUCUAUAAAUGACCCUCCUGAACCAAAAGAUGGACGGCGAUCCAGAAAGGAGAGCCCGGGGCAGCAGGAGAGAGCAGACUCCCCUGGACUCAGCUGUGUCUCCUUGAAGAGUGACCGCUCUAUGGUUCAACCUCCUGAACUAAAGGAUCGACGCCCCUUGAGAGAGGAGAACCCAGAGCAGCAGGAGAGAGUAGACUCCCCUGGACCCAGCUGUGUCUCCUUGAAGAGUGACCGCUCUAUGGGUCAACCUCCUGAACUAAAUGGUGGACGCAGCUCAGGAGAGGAGGGCCCAGAGCAGCAGGAGAGAGCAGACUCCCCUAGACCCAGUUGUGUCUCCUUGAAGAGUGACAGCUCUAUGGGUCAAUCUCCUGAACUAAAGGAUCGACGCCCCUCGAGAGAGGAGAGACGGGAGCAGCAGGAGAGAGCAGACUCCCCUGGACCCAGCUGUGUCUCCUUGAAGAGUGACCUCUCUCUGGGUCAACCUCCUGAACCAAAUGAUGGACACAGCUCAGGAGAGGAGAGCCCAGAGCAGCAGGAGAGAGCAGACUCCCCUGGACCCAGCUGUGUCUCAUUGAAGAUUGACCUCUCUGUGGGUCAACCUCCUGAUCCAAAAGAUGGAAGCCCCUCUAGAAAGGAGAGCCGAGAGCAGCAGGAGAGAGCAGACUCCCCUGGACCCAGCAGUGUCCCCUUGAAGAGUGACCGCUCUAUGGGUCAACCUCCUGAACCAAAAGAUAGAUGCAGCUCAGGAGAGGAGAGCCCGGGGCAGCAGGAGAGAGCAGACUCCCCUGGACCCAGCUGUGUCUCCUUGAAGAGUGACAGCUCUAUGGGUCAACCUCCUGAACUAAAGGAUCUACGCCCCUCGAGAGAGGAGAGCCGAGAGCAGCAGGAGAGAGCAGACUCCCCUGGACCCAGCAGUGUCCCCUUGAAGAGUGACCGCUCUAUGGGUCAACCUCCUGAACCAAAAGAUAGAUGCAGCUCAGGAGAGGAGAGCCCGGGGCAGCAGGAGAGAGCAGACUCCCCUGGACCCAGCUGUGUCUCCUUGAAGAGUGACAGCUCUAUGGGUCAACCUCCUGAACUAAAGGAUCUACGCCCCUCGAGAGAGGAGAGACGGGAGCAGCAGGAGAGAGCAGACUCCCCUGGACCCAGCUGUGUCUCCUUGAAGAUUGACUCUGUGGGUCAACCUCUUGAACCGGAAGAUGGACGCAGCUCAGGAGAGGAGGGCCCAGAGCAGCAGGAGAGAGCAGACUCCCCUGGACCCAGCUGUGUCUCCUUGAAGAUUGACCGCUCUGUGGGUCAACCUCCUGAACCAAAAGAUAGAUGCAGCUCAGGAGAGGAGAGCCCGGGGCAGCAGGAGAGAGCAGACUCCCCUGGACCCAGCUGUGUCUCCUUGAAGAGUGAUCACUCUAUGGGUCAACCUCCUGAACUAAAGGAUGGACGCCCCUUGAGAGAGGAGAGCCCAGAGCAGGAGGAGAGAUCAGACUCUCCUGGACCCAGCUGUGUCUCCAUGAAGAGUGAAUGCUAUAUGACAGAGCCUGUUAGGUUUAAAGAUGGACAUCAAUCUAUUGAGCCAAGGUAAGGGUCUGUCUGAAUAUCAAAUACCCAGAUCCCUCAACAGGAGAAGGG